AUGCGGGAUGGUGGCCUGGGCAGGUUGCAGAAGAGGAUGCGGGGUCAUUUCGGCGACAGACUGAGCCCCGAUGAUGCCUAUCUCAGCUAUCAUGAUAUCCGAUGUAUGGACCCCGCUUCUUCAUCUCGACUGCCGCGGCUAAUCAGGAACACAGUGACUCGGGAGGAUAUGCAAUGCCUGAAGAACGAUUGGCUGACCGACAACAUCAUCUCGUUCUGGGAAGAAUACCUUGAACAUGAAUUUCUGGUUCAAUACAAGACCUCGCAUAUUGUUCUCCUUCGACCCAGCAUGUCGUUUAUGCUUUUCCAGACUCCGGACCCGCGCUCACUGCGUUCAGCCCUGCCCGACUUCUCGCAAACCACCCACGUCUUCCUGCCUAUCAAUGAUUGUCACAACAAGAUGCAAGCCGAGGGAGGCACGCACUGGUCACUGUUAUUGAUUUCUAUCGUGGAUGGGGUUGCUUUCCACUAUGACUCACUGGCUUUCGGAAAUCACGACGAAGCCCGAUAUGUGACUGCGCAAUUCGGUAAACUGCUGGGACGACCGUUGGCCUUUCAGCACUUGAGAGAUUCCCCUCAGCAGGACGGCGGUAGUGACUGCGGCGUGUUUGUGUGUAUGAACAUGCGUCACAUCCUCCUCAAGCGGCUGCUCAUGGCUACUGCGAACGAAAAGGUGAGCAUGAGCCUGGGCGGAAAGAAGGUGGACGCCCACGCAGCGCGCAAAGAGAUGGCCAAAAUCAUUGAAGGUUUCCGGAAAGAAGGAGAGCGACGACGAUCGGUCAAGUCCCCGUCCCCUCGUCCUACUCAACAAGCCUCGCGACCGCGCCUUCGUUAUUUCCUCCACUAUCAGCCCGGCUUUGCUCACUACGAAAUGGACGCCCAAGCAUACCUCAUCCGACAUGGAUGGUCCGGUCCUGGAAACCCUCUCAAUCCGAAUAAACGGCCUGGCCCCCACGGCGGUCUCGGUCUGACGAGACCGAUCCUCGUCUCGCGCAAACAAAACAAUCACGGCGUGGGCAAGAAAACUACCAAAGAUCCUACCAAUCAAUGGUGGCUGCGAGGAUUCGAAGAUGCGCUCAAGGGGAUCGGCGAGGAGAAACCAGAAAUCAAACCAGCGAACAAUGCCCUGACAAGCGAGUUGUACCGACACUUUGUGCGUGGGGAAUGCCUUGCCGGCACUAUCGAGAAGAAAGUCGCCGUGGAAGCAGUAGUGACCAAGGUCAGGUCUUCGUCCAAGCGAAAGCGUGACACCGAGGAUGAAGGCGAGCGGCGAGCGAGAAAGGAGGCAAAGGCCGCCCGGAAGGAGGAGAAAGCAGCGCGGAAGGAGAAACGAGCUACGCGCAGGGAGGAAAAAGCCAAGCGACGCAAGCUCAAGGAAGCAAGUGGAUCGGCAGUCACAUCUUCCGGUGAUUCUUCUGCCUCUGAGGAACGGAUGGAGAGCAAAGAAGAAAGGCGGCUGAGGAAAAAGGAGAAGAAGGAACGCAAGGAACGCAAAGCAGAGGAAAAGAAGUUGAAGCAAUCGAGACGCACUGCAAGCGAAGAAGACUACCCCACUCCUAUGCUGACGAAUGAAGAUGGGGGAGAAAACACUGCCACUUCUGCUUCUUCUGACGAGGCCGAGAUCUUGGCGAAGAAGAAGAAGGAAAAGAAAGAGAGCAAGGGGUCCAAAAGCAAGAGCCGGGCCAAGGAAAGCGGCGAAGAAAAAGAGUCCGACCUGAAGAGCUCCAAAAAGGAGAAGAAGGAUAAAAAGGCAAAACUUGCUUGA